CGAGACUUCCGCUCUUCUCGUCCAGUCUGUCAUGGCGCCUUAGGGACACUGUUAUUGUUCCAGUUUGCUGGUUGUUUGGAGAACUGACGCAAAGUACGAAGCCCGUGGCGGACGUGCGGGCAUGAGAGGACCCUCCGGAGAUAAUGUUAAGGUCCACCGGCUUCUUCCGAGGGAUUGACUGUCCGUUUUACGCCGACUACGGCGACGGCAAAGGCGGCAGGAAUGGGUGUAACAGACCGUACUGUCACUUCAGGCACAGCCGGCAGAGUCGGCCGUCCUACGGGGACGUCAAAAAGCUGCAGUCCGGACAAAAAGAUCAAGGCUACGAUCCCUUCAAACCAGAGGUAGUGAGACCACAGGAGCAGCAGAAUGGAAAGCCUGCUCCUUCAGGAGACAUCAGCGGCGCGUUGGAGAUGGUCAACAAAGCCAUCGAGGAGGUCCGCAGCGAGGUGGAGCGAGAACAGCGGAAGCUCUCUCGCAUCGGGGACGAACCUUACAGUCCCACGGAGAAGACCGGUCUGUCUUCAUCUAACGCUGUUAAAAGCCAAGCAGCGGCCUCGCACCUGGCUUACGAUCCCGGGAGCUAUCAGAUCACAUCAAGGGGAUACAAUCCCACCCCGGGCUGCAGCAAGUACACCUUGGAUUCAGACAGUCAGGGGUGCAACAACAGCUCCAUGGAAUAUGUUCCCACUUCAGUGAAAAAAACCCAGCCCCGGACGCAGCUCCCCUCUCCUCCCCAGAGCCCCAAAUAUUUGAACAGUACAUCCUCUGCAAAGUGCAAAUACACUCUGGACAACUCUAAACCGUCUACAGACAUGGAGUACGACCCUAUGUCCAACUACACUGCUGGCAUCGCAGUGAAAAACACAAGAAACGAGGGCUCCCAUCCAGUUAGGACUGAUUAUAAGAAGGCCCAUCGGCUAACAGGGGCAGGUUUUUCAGACGAGUGUGUCGCAGCUGGAAAAAAGCCACAGCAGGCGAGUAUAGACUUAAAAAAAUACACAAUCUCCGACUCGGAUGAGGAGAGUUCGGGAACUGAGUAUCGACCCACCUCGCUUAGCAGUCUCCAGCAAAGGAAGGCCAACGUUGCGUCGGCUAGGGACGCUCUGGGGAAAGAGACAAAGGACAGGAGUAAAAGCAUAAAGGGUACACUUACACAGAGGAACAAGGAGGAGAUCGCACAGGACUCUGACACACAAGAAAACACCAAACAAAAGGAGAAAGCGGCAAAAAAGAAGGCAGGAGAUCAAAGUGGUUCGAGUAAAAUCGGCAAACCAGAGAAAAUGCAAAGCGUUGAUAAAGAAGCGAAGAAAUCUGGUGUUAAAAGUAGCAGCAGCAGCAGCAGCACAAAAGACAACGGACCAGUUAAGAACCCCAAACAAGACUGGGCAAAGAAAGAGAACAAGGGUCAGGGCAAGAAAGACGACGGGAGGAACGCAAUAAAGGCGAAGGCAUCAGAUAAAGUCCGGAGGGAAGGCAGGGACGAAAAGCGAUGUGACAGUAAGAAUAAGACGGCGGAAAAAGCAAAGAGAGACUUGAGUCAACAAGACAGAGACGCUCGAGAAAGCAAAAAACUGAGACCAUCGGAGAAAGAAAAAGACCAAAGCAAGCAUAAAGACAGCCAACAGCGCAACGGUAAACUUGACAGCAGUAGAAAGCAAAAAGACGUGAAGAAAAGCCGAAGCGGCUCCAGUAGCUCGGCUAAAGUGAAGCAGAACGCCGGCUCGGCAAAAAAGAAACCCGAAGACAAAAGUCUGAGCCUAAGCCACGCAGAUCUGUUCGGAGACGAGAGCCCCGAGGAGGCCGAGGCGAUGGACUGCGACGACGAGGCGGAGGAAGUCCUGGUGAGGAAGUCGGCCGACGCGUUAAAGAGGGCACGCCUGAGCAAGAGGAAGGCGUCGGAGCGCACGCCGUCUUCCUCAGAGGAUGAAGCCGACCAGGACCCGGGACCCGGCGGGACGAGCUGGGAGGAGCCUGCCGACGUCAGGGUCGACUUUUCCAUGUUUCAGGAUGAUCUGGACUUUGAGUCGGACCCGAUGGAAGAGUGUCUGCGCAUCUUUAACGAGUCCAACGACGUGAAGAAGGAGGACAAGGGCAGGCAAGCAAAGCAGGCUUCUAGAGAUUCAGAGGAGGACAAAAGCUCAGAAGGCAAUUCAACCACCAUCUACCCCGGCCAAAAGAAGAGAGUGUCCCAUUUCGGUGCCAAAGGAGAUACUGACGCACCUUCGAAGACGGUGGUCCGGCCGUACAAGCGGCCCACGCCUCAGGAGGUCUGCUUCAAGCGAAUGCAGCUGGCACAGCAGCAAGCCGCUCAGCUUUCUGCUUCGGCCAAAGCCGCCUCGCAGAGCUCAGCCUCCAGCCUUCCCGGAGAAAAGAAGAGAAUCGCUCACCGGCCCAAUCCGCAGACGGCGACGUCCUCAAAGACAAGUCCAGCGCAUGGAAAAGCAGCUGCUAGUGAGAACCCGCAGGGGGUGAAGAGCCAAACCACGGCUGGCAUUCUCUCCAAGACUUCGUCGACGGCCGUGCAGAAGAGGACGGCACACACACCCAGCAUGAAGAGCACCACCAUGAAGCGUCCCAUCAUCCCCUCCGAGUUCGGGGCGAAGGUUCCCACCAACAUCCGCCAGCGCUACCUCAACACGUUCAUAGACGAAUGUGUCAAGUUCUGCCCGACGGAGGAGGCAGCGUUUCAGAUGGCCCUGGUUGAGGAGAAGCUGGUGUACGAGCGCAGUAGCAGCAAAAACAUCUACCUCAACGUUGCUGUCAACGCGCUGACGAAGCUUCGGAGCAAAAGCGGCUCGUGUUCGUCGCCUGUCUACAAGGAGCCUGGGGUUGCACCUAAAAGGAAGGCCCAGUCCCACGAGGAGGUUCUGGGAGGCCGUCUUGCAGCAACAACCAGCUUCACUAUCAACAGGUCGGGUAAACAGCAGGAGGAGAAACUCUCUGGAGCCAACCUGUACAGGAAGCUGAAGGCGUACCUGAUGACGGAGGAACAGCUGCAGGAGCACGGAUACCCGAGGCCCAACCCUGAGGCCUCUGGCAAGGCCGUCAUUUUUAACCAACCAGAGAAAAAGGUCACCCCGGACCCGUUCAACAAGAUAUGCUGUCGCUGCGGUGCCGAGUAUAAGAUCAACGUCAACGGCAGCUGCAUCCGGAAAGAGGAAUGUAGCUUUCACUGGGGGCGUUUACGCCGGCACAAAGUCGCCGGAGGCUGGGAGACGACGUACAGCUGCUGCGCGGCUGCUGUGGGAGCUCCUGGAUGCCAAAUAGCGAAGCAACACGUUCAGGACGGCCGUAAGGAGUCACUAGACGGCUUUGUGUCGACAUUCAGCAAGCAGCUGCCGCCGGACGGAAACGCGGGAGUUUUUGCUUUGGACUGUGAGAUGUGUUACACAAAGCAAGGCCUGGAGCUGACCAGGGUGACGGUCAUCAACUCUGAGAUGAAGGUGAUCUACGACACCUUUGUGAAGCCCGAAAGCAAAGUGGUGGACUACAACACGCGAUUCUCAGGCGUCACCGAGGAGGACCUGGUCAACGCCACCAUCACUCUGAGAGACGUCCAGGCCGUGCUGCUCAACAUGUUCGGGGCCGAAUCCAUCCUCAUCGGACACAGUCUGGAGAGCGACCUGCUCGCGCUCAAGCUCAUCCACAGUUCAGUCGUAGACACGGCCAUCGUGUUCCCUCACCGCCUCGGCCUGCCGUAUAAACGUGCCUUGAAGAACCUGAUGGCUGAUCACCUCAAACGCAUCAUCCAGGACAACGUGGAGGGCCACGACUCCAGCGAGGAUGCGUCCGCCUGCAUGGAGCUGAUGAUCUGGAAGAUUAAAGAAGAUUCAAAGGUCAAGAGAUGACGGCUGACCCUCCCACUCUGCGUUCAUCAGUAUGACCUCCGGCCUCGGUGUCGGUCGCAGACCGACUGGCGGAGGUGGACUGUUGCUCUUAGAGAGGUGAGGGAGCUUUAUUUUGGCACAGGCGGCUGUUGGAGAGGAGAUCAGCGAUGUACACCGAACCUCGCAACCAUCAAAGCAAUAGGAACCCGAAUUAACACGACUUUCUCUCUAUUAUUGAUACUUUAGAUUUAAAGUAAGUUACCUGGAAAGUAUUUUUGUUUAUCCGAGCAGUGUAUCGUUAAGGCCUCCAACCUGAUGAAUAUAAACUCUCUAUGGAAGAACUCGAAAACCAGGGGCAUCGUUUGAAC